AAGAAGGCAGAGGCCGCCGUAAAUUUGCAGCUCCUCUUCUUCCAUAAUUGCCUGCUCAUCGUCUCGAACGUAGCUCAUGCAUAUCUUCAGUUUACUCAUACUCCAUGGUCGCUUCGUCCAAUCGAUCACAAGAUGCUACCGCCUCCACCUCCACCGCCGCCGUCUUUUAGGGCCCCAGCAACUGACGCCAGCUCAACUCCACAAGCGCCAGUUGUUCCUGAGAGCGGUCCCGCCAGAGGCCUAUUGCUUGAGUUGAUCAAGCACAAUGGCGCACCGUUCAACGAUCACUGGGCAUACUUUGUCCGAUCCAGCUCGAGUUACUCUGUUGGUAUUGUCUAUGAAGCUGUUGGUGAUGUCCGCAGCGGAUUCCAACGCCAGACCCGGAGAAAUCAUGACUUGACCUCUGAUCCACCUUCGACUCGAAUCCCGCUCCAGUGGAUUGAUGCUACUUUUGUCAACGAAGAACUGAUGCUUCACGACCAAGGGUCGAUGCCUAUGUGCAUCUUUGAGGAGAGCCUGAAUAAGGUCAAAGAACCCAAGAAGACAUUGAAUGACACACGCGAAAGUGAAGCCCCGAAGAAAAGAAUUGCACAAAGGAACUGCCAGACAUGGAUCGUUGAGUCGGCGGAUCAGCUGGUUGCAGAUGGCAUUCUCCCCUCGGAUGUUGCUGCCUAUCUUCAUGCCACCAAGCAAGUCUAAACAGUUUCCAGGUGCUACACUCGAAUAGGUCAACCUUGUCAAGUUUUUCAUCAACAAGUCAAAGCGUUUAGCAUGGAGAAUAACUGAUAGCAGCCAGAGUGGAUUCAGAAUCCAGAAGAGCCUCAAGUCUAGACUAAGGCGUUGAUCACUUUGCCCUGAUCCGCCAUCACUCA